UUGAUCUAAAAAUGUAAAACUUGAAAAUUUUAUCUUGAACAAUACCAGAGAACAAACUGAAGAAGAAAAUUGUUUUAUGUAGAGAACAGUAAUGAAUGAUACAUAAAGAGAUCGAAUCAAUGACUAAGCUGAAUCCAGAAGAGACGGAAAUUAGAUAAUACCAUUCAAGUUCACGCGUGAUCCAAUUUUGUACUCAGUGAUCCCUCCAACCCGGAGGAGAAAUAAGCCGAACCUGACCUAUGUAAGAUCUAUCCCGGAGAGGGUGGAUCCAGUAUCCGCCCCUGUAUCUCUGGGAGAGGGUGGAAGAAAGCUCCGCCCUGCCCUGAUGUUCAACUAGGAAUGGUGUUGCAGUGUGACUGGGCAGUCGUUCAAAUAAUUCAACUAACUAACGACGGAACUGGGUUUGGGUUCGGGAUAUCAGGAAGCAGAAAUAGUGGAGCAGUGGUGAGAAAUAUAUUCCCCGGUGGUGCAGCAGACAGGGAGGGACAUUUACAAAAUGGUGAUCAUCUGCUCCAGGUGGGAGAAGUACGGCUCUGGGGUAUGGGAGCAGAGCAGGUUGCAUCAAUUCUCCGGCAGGCGGGUCAAGAUAGUAUCAGGGUUGUGGUCGCUAGACCUGUUGAUCCCAACACUCAGAACCUCAUGGCGAACUGUGCUUUGGUCCCGACAAAAUCCUUAUCUGAUCCAUUAGAACUAAAUCGAGCUCUAGCCGCCAGCCUCGCCCCACAGGUUGUGAAUAUGAUUGCCGGGGUUCCAUCUCUUCAACCGCAUCAGGUCCCGGUAACAAUAACAGUCACGAACGGGUCCGAACCUACUCCUGCUCCGUCCUGUGCUAAAGUAGAGGCUGAGAUGGUGAAAACCCAAGAUCCUCUGCAACCCAACCCUGCUCCAAAGGUUUUAACGAACAUUACAAACUCAUUGCCAAAGCCACAAGAUUUCACGAGGAGCGUAUCUUUUCAAAAUGAUCCUGAUCUCACAAGACUUGUUAAAUCCUGCUCUCCCUCGGGACUCUCUGGUUCUACACCUGCUCUAGGUUUGGAACCUCUAGGAAUUCCGAAAAGUGCCUCAAACCCAAUAUCCCUGAAUCCAACCUUGCAAAAAGAUAUGUAUCCGUCUUCAAACAGAUCUGAGGAGAAACCCAAUCCAACAUCCUCUUCCGGACUAGUUGAUGAAGCUCAACCCUCUUCUACUUUCAUCGAACCCGGAGCAGAGAAGGAAAAACCCUUGACUGAUCCUCAUACUAACCUGGAGACUGAUACCAUCUCUGCAGUCAAGUUGAGUUUGCAUGUUAUCAACAACAUGGAGAGAGUACAGAGGGACGUUGGACUUCAAACUAUUCUAUCUCCGGUCUAUGAAGAGUCUAGAAGUGAGUCGAACCCAGGAUCUGAACGGUUGAGUUCUAACUCCGGGACAACAACAUUUACUCCGGGUCCUCUCGUAGAACACCAGGAAAGAGCGGGAGGAGGAGAAGUAGGAGGAGCAGAAGAAGGAGUAAGAGGAGAAGCCCAUAAACCUGACCAAAGUUUAGAGACAGAGGAGAGAGAAAUAGUUGAGAUUAGACUGGAGAAGGAUGAGAGAGGUUUAGGUCUAACUGUUGCCGGAUAUAUCUGUGAGAAAGCAUCCUUGUGCGGGAUCUUUGUAAAGGGAGUUGUUCCAGGCAGUGUAGCAGAUACGCAGGGACACAUUAAACCUAAUGAUCAACCCCCCUCCUCAGUUAACGGAGAACCACUGUCAGGAUAUUCAAACCAGGAAGCUGUAGAACUUCUGAAAAGAACUGGACAGACAGUUUUCCUCAAGAUUUACAGAUAUCCAGGAGGACUCAAGUUCGAGCAGUUACAGGAUGGAACUGAGAGCAUAGAAGGGAGCGGGAGUGAUAUCUACACGUCCUCUAGUGAGAUGGAGCUCCCAAUAUCUACAUCAAGCUCUAGUGAGAGAGAGAUCGGAACACCCCUCCUCUCAACCCUAUCCUCUAGAGGUCCUAUGACACCUACAUCCAUGUCCUCCAGCAAAGGACAGUCUACGCCUAAGCUUGUACAAAGAAGUAAUCUUCGACACUGCUCAUCUGGUAGCUCUCAGGAUCAGGAUCCAAACAUUUUCCUGCAUAAUGAUGAUGAACCUAUCAAUGGGGGUAUCCGGAGACGAUCUGGUGGCAACAGUCUUCUCUCCAGCUCUAGAACCUCCCUGGAGAUAGAGGUAGAAAGAGUAGAUGAGAGGAACUACUGCAGUAGAAACACAGACUCUCUAGAGUUCUGCUCCGAGUGCUCCAAAGAUCAGGAUUGUUCAUCCUUACUCCCAUACAGUUCUAGUAUUCCCAGCUCCAGGUUCAGCUCCUAUCCGGCUACCCACUGCACCUUUAGAAGUUGUUCUUGUCGUGCUAGAUGCAGCUCAUGCAGCUCUAUCAUUAUAUCACCUGAACCACUAGAACAUGAGGAUGGAGAGGAUGAGCGAGGACGUGUUCUCUGCAACGUGUGUCUCCGGGACCAGGAGGAGGAAACCAGGGAGAUUAUCAUCGAUCAUUCUUCCAUCGUGGAUGAGAUGCAGGUUGAGAAAUGCAUGGUUACUGUUCUGCCAGGGUUUCAGGGAGAAUACUCCAGUCCUAUAGUGGAACUAAACCCGGAUUAUCAAUUCAGUAGAGAUCUAAACCAACCCUGCUCUUCAUUUUCUCAACUCAGAUGUCCUGACUACCCACUGCUCCAUGUUGCUCCCCUGGAUGAGGCUGGGUCUCAUCCAGGGGAUGAGACCCAACCUUUCCCACUGGACGAUAUUCAGUUCGUAGAUGAUGAUAAGGAUGAUUCGGAGAUAAAUGAUCCAUCUGCUGGUGUUUACUAUGGUUCAGGACAUAAUCUGAGCAGUUCUCUCCAACCUUAUCCCGGAACUGGACUUUCUGGAAACCGUUCAACUCUUCCUGAUCGAAUAUCUAAGGAUCUGAGAAGAGAGGAUCGGACAGAUUUAUCCUUGUCUCCAGAACCCCUCGGAGCAAGGGAAGGAUUGCGGGAACUGGAGAAAAACUGGGCGGAAAUCAUGGGAUCCGGAUAUGAUAUUAUUGCUGCAGUAGUAGAGAAGGAUACUGGCUCCGGACUUGGAAUUAGUCUGGAGGGUACAGUAGAUAUAGAAGAUGGAAGAGAGGUUCGGCCUCAUCAUUAUAUCAGAACAAUUCUUCCCUAUGGUCCAGUAGAUUCUGCUGCGGUUUUUAGGAGCGGAGAUCAGCUAAUCCAGGUUAACUCAUUUUCUCUGGUUGGUGUUCAUCAUGAAGAAGUUGUGAGAACUCUAAAGCAGGUUGGAAACACAGUAGUUCUUGUGUGUGCCCGGAGAACCUCUGCUCCAGGCUGGACCCAGUUGACCGUCAACCUGACCCCUGACCCUAGCCUAGAUAAAUCGGUCAACCUGACCCCUGACCCUAGCCUAGAUAAAUCGGUCAACCUGACCCCUGACCCUAGCCUAGAUAAAUCGGUCAACCUGACCCCUGAUCCUAGCCUAGAUAAAUCGGUGCUAAACAAAGACGACAACAAGAUUUCCCCCACCCUAGUAUCAUCAACCAGUCUCAAGCAGAAUUCCUGCCUUCCAAAGGAUGAACUAGAAGAAAAUGUAUUCUCCUCUCAGCUCAAUAUGGAGGAAUCCUUCUCACAAUCCUCAUUAGUAAAGGCCAAAAGUGAUCUAAGCCUGAACAGCCUUGAUCCUAGCUCCUCCACACAAGCCAGACCAUUCCGCAGCAGAUCCAAGUCCCUAGAGUCCGUCUCUCCCCCCGGAGUCUGGUCUAACCAGGUGGAGGAGAUAGUUCUAGUCAAAGCGGAAAGAGGACUUGGAUUCAGUAUUCUAGACUACCAGGACCCUUCCAAUCUAUCAGAGACUGUGAUCGUAGUGCGUAGUCUUGUUCCUGGUGGUCCAGCUUAUCAGGAUGGAAGAUUGAUACCCGGUGAUAGGAUAGUUUAUGUAAACUCAGACAAGCUCAACAAUUCCUCUCUAGACACUGCAGUUCAGGCCUUGAAAGGAGCGGAGAGCGGGUUGGUUAGGAUUGGAGUGUGUAAACCCAUAUGUCCCGAAACAUUGUUUUCUACUGUUGCAUUGCUGGAACCUGAAGAUUUAGGUUCAAGUGAUAAAAUUGCUCAAGACCCAUCGCUAGAGUUUGAUUCAAGUGACCUUAACGCUAGACAGCUACCUCUACCAGUACCUUGCCCUCAGACAGAUUCUACAGAACAAGAACUGAUCUCCUUUCCUCCUCUCUCCGCUCAACCUGUUCCCAGUUUGGAAAACCCGCGAAAAAGAUUGAAACCCCAGACUUUGGACCUUGAUGUGAAAGUAAACCAACCCUACCAGAGAAUUGUUUAUCUUGAUCCUGAACCCGGAGAAAAGUUUAAAUCUGAACCGAGCUGUGUAAUCCUACCAACACUCACCAAAUAUUCGAUUAGUGUGAAGAAGCAAAGAAACGAAUCUCUAGGACUAGUGGUGGAAGCUCUAGCCUGGGAUCUUUGUGGUUGCAUGGCUCGAGCAAUUCAAGCUGGGUCUCCGGUAUACAAGGAUGGUAGGAUACGCUUAGGUGAUAUGAUUAUUAGCGUGAAUGGAGAGAACUUAUGGCGGGUUACAAGUAUCCAAGCUCAAGCGGUUCUAAACAGAACCUUGCCAAGUCAAACCGUGCAAAUAAUAUUCAUCCCAGAGGAGGAUUUGAAUUCUGAGGAACCAAACCUUUCUUUCGGCUCCUCCUCUUCUCUACCUCUCUCCGAUAUACUAGAGCAGGCGGAAAGUGAACUGAGUGACUCGGACCAUGGAGGAAUCUUCUCUCCUGACCUAACCGUGAAAUCUGCAGCAACUCCGGACUUUUUACUUGAAAACCUUCCAGAAACCGUGAUAGACUGGGUCGAGGAGGUUACACCUAACCUAGAGCAGGAUCUUGAACCUUCUCAAAGUGUUCUACAACCUGGUAUAGUUCCAACAGGCAACAAGGACGGAUUUGAGAAGGACGGAACCGAAAAGGACGGAUCUGAGAACAACAAAGUUGAGAAGGACGGAUCUGUAAAGGACGAGGUCGAGAAGAACGAAGUUGAGAAGAACAGAGUCGGGAAGAACGAGGUCGAGAAGAACGGAGUUGAGAAGAACGGAGAUAAGAAGGUUGAGAACUGUGUAGAGACUGGAGAAGGGAAGGAGUCUCCGAACCUGAAGGGUUCGGAGAAAAAGAUCUGUGAUAUUGUGAACCCCAAAGAGAAGAGUUUGAUCAAUCCUACGGAUAUCUGGGAGCAUAUCCAACCCUCUUCAGAUUCUCAACAUUCUGUAUGGAAAACCAAUAAACCAGUAGGAGGUAGAGAAGGAACCGAACCUAGGAUGGAAAAUAUGCAUACUCAGGUUGAAAAAGGAAAGCACUGGGGACCUAAACGCUUGGUAGAAGUAUGCCGGGAGGCUGGUCAACCCUUAGGAAUAUCUAUUGUUGGCGGUAAGGUUGAAAUGACCGGUGCAGCUAGUAGUAGUGUGGCAGGCAUAUUUAUCAAGAACGUGAUUCCAUCAAGUCCGGCCGGAAGAACCGGAGAUCUGAGUACAGGAGACCGUAUUGUAGAGGUUGACGGAGUACCUCUCCUAACCUCAGACCAGGAUAUAGCUGUGGCUGCUAUUGCUAAAGCUGGAAACCCAAUUAGGUUCAUCGUUCAGAGUCUACAGAAACACAAGGUUGGAGAGGGGAGGACGGACAUUAACCAUAUAAACCACACCUCAGUGGAUGAAAAGGUUGGGAAGGCUCCACCGAAGUUAAUAAUCCCAGAUAUAUUUUUUGGAACUCCAAAACCUAAUGGGCCCACUAGCAACGGUUUUUCAACAAGGUCCUCCUCCUCAUCCAACAAUGAGAAACGAGAAGAAACUAGUUUUGAAGAGGAUAGAAACGGGAACCCAGGGAACCCGGAGGGACAAAUUCAAAUGAAUUCUCUGACAGAUAAUAUUCCUCUCAUAGAUGAUGAUGGAGACGUGAACCAGGAGGAGGAGGAGGAUAGAUCAAUGAUGCAGAGUGAGAAUUCAUAUUCAGCUCUAUCCACUCCGGAGGUUAUGUCGAAUGAGCAGAGUUAUAAUUACAACAAGGUGACGGAGAGACCUUUGGUUGGUAACAAUCUAAACGAACUACGCCCCGUUGAAGACUACAGUAUGAGAUCAGAUAGGUCGGGUAGUCCUCCACCAGAACCAGAGCUCAUCCAGGCUGGGUUGACAGAUCAGGAGAAGCAGGAUAUCACGUCUAAGAUGGAUGUAGCCAAGAGAGAGGACAGGACGGACUGGAAAGGGCCCCAGGGACAUGAAGACGAGGAUCCAGUCGAAUGCAUGAUCGUGGAUAACAAAAUAGUUGACAAGAAAGUUAUUAUGAGAAAAGCAAGCAUUAAGUCUGAACAUGGUGGGAAUGAUUCUGAUUCUGAUGAUGAUGAUGAUAUGACCGAAGAGAAAAAUUGGGCCAAGUUGGACGGAGAAGUGAUUAAAAGUAUAAUCGAACCUAAUGAGUACGGAUUGGGAUUAUCACUUGCAGGACAUAGACAUCGUGAGACGAUGCGAACCUACAUCUGUGGUCUCCAUCCUAGAGGGAAAGCUUUCCAGGACGGAACUCUCAAGGCCGGAGAUCAGCUAUUAAAGGUUGGAGAGUAUUAUGUCGGGGACCGGUGUCACCUCAACGUAACGACAAUCAUUAAAGGAUACUCUACGACCAGUAGUCUGGAGAUUGUAGUGCUACGGAGCCCAACUGGUCUGGACAGCUUAGCGGUCAAACCAAUCAAUAAAUUUCCUCUUCUGCUAGAUGAUAUGAUAUUCGAGAGUGAAGAAUUUCAGCGGUUUGUAAUGAAACGAGAGCUGAAGGUCCAUAAAGGGAAACAGGGUCUAGGGAUUAUGAUUAUAGAAGGGCAGCAUAAAGCGACCGGAAACGGUAUUUUCGUCUCAGAUAUACAAGCAGAGUCAGCAGCAUUCCAUGCUGGGUUGAAAGUCGGAGAUAUGAUCCUUGCAAUCAACACGGAAACCUUUCUCAACAUCUCCUAUGAUACGGCUGUGUCCGUGAUUAAAAGCCUGGGCGGAAAUGUGAAGAUGCUUGUGACCAGUCCUAAAGAGGAAGAGGAGAACAAAAAUAAACCUGGAGCUAAACCUGGUCUGACACCUCGAAGAGAAGUUGACUCCAAGACCCCCGCGCAGCCCGGAGCUACAAAAGCAGCAGUGGAACCUGUAAAAGAGGAACCUGUUAAACCUAAAGAGGAGCUGACCGGCAAGGUUGACCUGAAGAAGGAGAAUGGAGGAUAUGGAUUAAGUCUGGUGGGAGGAGUGGAUACACCUCUGGGUGAAGUUCUCAUCCAUGAGAUAUUCCCUGAGAGUGCUGCUGCUAAGUCUGGAGUACUCCGUCCUGGAGACAGGAUCAAUAAAAUCAACGAGGUCGAGCUCAAGGGUCUCACACACGAUGCUGCCUUAGACACAUUACGCUCUACAAUAGACAAGGCUGUGCUCCACUAUGAGCACCGGGAGGGAGACCAGGAGAUAGAUCUGUUCCAACAGCUGGAUAUCACACUCAACCGGAAACCUGGAAAAGGGAUUGGAAUUAGUUUAGUCGGACGGAGAGACGGACCCGGAGUAUUUGUCUCAGCUUUGGUUUCCGGCAGCGUGGCUGAGGCAAGCGGUCAGCUGGUUCAGGGAGAUCAAAUUAUUAAAGUUAAUGAAAUAGAUUUAGAAAAAGCAAAUCAGGAUACCGCUGUUGCUGUGCUGAAGGCUGCUGUAGGAGAUAUCAAGAUUAAAGUUAAACGUCUCAAUGCUAUCACUAAAUCCUGAGUGAACAUGAACAGUCUUUAAACCUGAACCCUAAGGGGCCACUCUAUGCAAACCUACUCAGUAUUAUCCCUAAGUAGAUAUGUGAGCUAAAACAAUCUAUAAUUUAAAUCAAUAUUUUUGUAUAUUAUCGAUAUCAAUGUGUCUACUUUAUAGGAUGAAAGUGAGCUUAUAAGAAAGAAAUCAGG